UGUUUUGUAUUUCGUCGUGGUCGCGUGCGCCACGAAUCUUGUUUUCUCCGUAAAAAGUAAAUCAGUUAAUUGCUGUAGACUAAUAAUAUAUCAGAGAAUAUAUCUACAAGUUUUAUAGUCCUGCUAGUUUGCUUGCAAGUAUAAUAAUUGGGUGAAAUUAGUGAAAAGUGUUUGUAGGGCAUUUCGCAUCCUGUUGCGUGGAUCAUCUCAAUUACUGGAAAGAAGGCCGCUUUUUACACUGUAGCAGACUUUUCUCGAAGACACCGCGAGAAAAAGGAAAGCGAACAAUGGUUACAAUAUAGAGAUCUGUCGCAAAAACGAUGGGAUGCAUCAAACUUGAAAACGCCAUCUAGCGGAGGAACAAUGAACUAAUGUGACAACGCCAUCUAUCGACAGUAAACAUGAAGCUAAACUUAUUCAAAAGAUCGAUGAUCUUUGCGACGUUCUUCGGCGCUUGUCUAUGUAUAGCGCUGAUCGUCGCGUCCCUGGGUACCACACAUUGGGUGGAUGCAAGAGCAAGAAGACUGUCAAACACACUGGAAUCUGAGGGUAGAAUAAACUUUGGACUCUUCGAAGGUCACAAGAAGCUGAUUCUGAAGUAUGGACAAAGAGACUAUGAUUUGAGCAUAAAGGCAGGCACACACCCCGCGCGGCGGUGGGCGUGGUGCGGGACGGCGGCGCAGCUGGCUGUGGCCCUAGCAGCGUCGGGCGGCGCCUGUGUGCUCGCGGCGUUAGGGUCCGCGGCCAGGACGAGAUGCUCGCCGCGCCCGCUGCUAGUGUGUAACUGUGCUACAGUGCUCUUCACGCUCGGCGCGAUAGCUGUCUGGCUAACGGAGUACUUCCUGAGGCUCCAGCAUAAUGUCAUGUCGGACGAGGACCUCGCCAACACGUGGACGUCCGACCAGACAGCGGACCUGGGGCUAUCCUUCUGGCUAGUCGUCGCGGCUACUAUAACAGCGUUCGUGAACAACGUGUGUAUACUGAUCGCGAUGGCGGACGGACGGGACAUGGAGACGAUAGCGCCGGCGCUCGAGGAGAAAGUCAACGGCGCCAUCAUGCUGUAUUAGAGGCCGCUAGCGUGAAAAAAGCUAGCUGUCAUCUGUCAACUGUCACCUGUAAAUGUCAAAGUCGAAUGUCAGUUAUAUUUUUUUAAGAUAAAGUGCUAUCUAGCAACUCUGACAUAGUGAGCCAGCCAUACGAAGAAGAAAAUACACUCGGAUUCGAUUUAAAGAUAUUGUGCUUGUGUGUUGUGUUAAUUAUUCAUGUACUGAACUAAAUUGUGUGAAGAAAGAAAACGGCGCAAUCAUGCUGUAGUGCUGUACUAGAGACCGCUAGCGUGAAAAAAGCUAGCUGUCAUAUGUCAAUGUCAAAGUCAGAUAUAGUAUAGUUAUGGAAUACCCUCAGAUUCAUCAAAGAACUAAUUCCUUAUGAUAAAUGCACGUAUAAUAUAGGCCGCUAGCGUGAAAAAGCUAGCUGUCAUCUGUCAGUGUCAACAUCGCCAGUUAUGAAAGCCAGCUGUCGUCGUUUGUUAUCUGACAGUGUGAAGGUCGUAUGUCAGAUAUGAUAUUUCUUCUCUGACUCCACGCCAUAAGAAGGAAGAAAAAUACCCUCGGAUUCGAUUUAAAGAUUAUGCUUGUGUGUUGUGUUAAUUAUUCAUGUACUGAACUAAGUUGUGAGACGAAAGAAAACGGCGCCAUCAUGCUGUGCUAGAGGCCGCUAGUCUUAAAAAAGCUAGCUGUCAACUGUCAAUGUCGUAUGUCAGUUGAGAAAUAUUUUUUAGAAAUUAGAAUACCCUCGGAUUUAUAUCAAAGAACUAUUUUCUCGUGAUCAACACAUGCUAUAUUGUUUAUUAUAUUCAUGUCAUUUUCACCAUUAACGAAAUCAUUAUGGAAACAUUUUUAUUCAUUUCAUUAUUGUUUCUUUUACUAACGCCAAACAUUAAACUAUUAAAUACUUCAUAAAGUCGCAUCUAAAAUUUCAUUAACAUUAUCUAUAUCCUCAAUAAUCAUUAUCAUCACAAUAUCAUGUAUUUUCUUCUUCAUCUUUGACAUUAUUUCAUAGAAUCCUUAGGUUCUCAGCUCAUACAGACUUUCCAGGAUUAUGUUUUUCCAAAAUCAAUUGUAAAUUGUAUUAAGUAUAAAUUAUUCUAUUCUAUAGUCGGGACGCGAAUGACAGAGAAAUUCGAUCUUCAACCUAUCGCUGCUUGUCUGUUUCGCUCGAGCCUCGAAUAGAUUGCUAUCUGGUUUUCAUAAACAUUAUAGCGGGCUAAAGAUGUUUUCAUGAGCGAGUGAAAGAAGCAAGUUGCUCUAGGUCAAUAGACCAUUUCUGCCUGUUCUGUAUCCGGCUAUACAUAGCACGACCGUAUAAAGAAAGAGUUUUUAAAAUGGGUAAAUUAACAAUUCAGUUGAAGCACUAAAGUAUUUUUGUGUUAAACCUUUAUUUAAAUUACUGUUAUUAUAUAUUUUUAAAGUUUUAGUGUGUUUUGAUAUACAAAGCUUGUUAAUUGAAUUGGUAUUUCCCAUUCUUUGUGUUUUUUAGAUCAAAGUAAUAAGAAACGAAGUCUACCCCAUAGUCUAUGCAAAUGUCCUAGCACUUUAACGGCCGUUCCCAAUAUUUGAUCUAUCUCUGGUUUUGCCCUAAUAGA